AUGGACGACAAUGCGACGCGCUUGUCCUCAUAUGAGUCUACAGAAGUCUCGCUGGAAGUCCGCUCUGUCAAGAUGUUCGGGCAGGACUAUUCGUUUCUGAAAGUUGGCGGCGAAGUUGUACCUUCCUGCGCGAUUUAUUCCGGUCUGAUCACGACUCCGGCCAGCUUCAUCAGACUUUCACAGUGCACAUCUCCCAUAUGUGGCCCUACGUGUUCGAAGCACGGCUCUUCCGGUGCAAUCAAAGGCGCGAGGCACCAUGAGCAUCGCGAGGCGGCGAGUCUCCCGAUGAAUCGAGACUCGGGCGACAUGACCCCAGCCUGCCACGAAGAGCAGGCAUCGUCAAGAGGCGAAUGGUCGUGA